GUCUCCUCCUCAUCCCUUUCAAAACACCACAGUGAGAGGUACAGUGAGUUAGUACAGUAUAGCACAAUACAAUGUCAGCGCGGCAUUUUAAAAUACGUGGAAAGCUAGUCUUAAAGCCGUUACGUUAGGAGCACAGUCAUUUUGUAAAAAUGUCAUUGCAAGUUGUUGGAAGCGGUUUCUUUGCCAGCUUUAGGAGUUUACGUUUAGAAAAGCAUACUAUGGUAUAUUUUGGAAGGGCAAUUUUUAUUUGGAUUGUCGUGGUCGCUGGGCAUUGUGAGAACUCACCCAGGCUCAUCAUUUCUAAAGAUGAAGGCAUUAACAGACACAGGUUCAACAAACUACAGAGCAACAUUGUGUUCUUCCACCUGAAUGGAAGCCCAACUCUGUAUGUAGGAGGGACUGACAUGGUCUGCUCCAUUGACUUUGAUGCAAACAAGUACAUGGAGAUUCCCUUUUUGGCAGAAAACAAAAGCAAGCACAGCUGCAAAGAGGAGAGCCAUUGUGAAAAUGUCAUUACUGUCCUCCAUGAAUACCAAGACUCUCUGUUGGUUUGUGGGACCAAUGCAUUCAAACCUCAAUGCUGGAAUCUGAACAGAAAUGAAUCCAAGGUGACACCUGCGCAAUGCAGCGGCAUUGGGAUUUCUCCAUUCUGCUCAACACAGAAUUCUCUGUCACUGUUCGUCGAGGGCAAUAUCUACGCAGCCGCUCCGCUGUACUGGCAGGGAAAUAGCCUGCAGUUCCGGAGGAUUUCCGAUGCCAAGGUCUGGAUGUAUGAGAAGUGGCUUGACAAGCCUACAUUUGUCAGUGCCACUCGGGUAAGCAGGAAGCAGGACCCGGAAAACGAUAAAAUCUACAUGUUCUUCCGGGAGAAAAACCCAGACAGAAGCGCUGACGCCGAUCCCUGGAUCUCUCGGAUCGCCCAAGUCUGCAAGGUGGACAAAGGCGGCCCAAGAAGGCUUUUCCAGAACACCUGGACCUCCUUCCUGAAGGCCCGGCUGGUAUGUGGCCUUCCCAAGGAGUAUCUGUACUUCAACAGGCUUCAGGACCUCUUUGUACAGCACGCCCAGGACUGGAGAGACACCCGUGUCUAUGGCCUCUUCUCCAGCAGCUGGAAUUCUACUGCUGUUUGCAUAUACUCCAUGGACGAUAUUGACCGAGUCUUUCAGGAAUCUGAUUUUAAAGGUUUUUCUGGGAAUGUCCCUCAUCCCAGACCAGGAACAUGUGUCCCGGACAGCAGACAUCUCCCAGAUGAGACGAUAAACGUUGUGAGGACACACCCCGAGAUGGAGAAGUGGGUCUAUCCCCUCCACAAUGAAGCUGCCAUUCUCAUCAGUGACAGAAACUACACCAAAAUCCUCGUGGACCAGGUCAAGGGGGCCCACGGGAACACACACAAUGUCAUGGUUCUGGCUACCGAAGACGGAUGGAUCCAUAAAGUAUUGGAGGAGGAUAAUAGGCCCUUCAUUAUAUCAGAAAUCCGUCUCUUCAAUCAUACAGCGCACAUCCACACAAUGACACUCGAUCAUAUAACAAAAAGGCUCUACGUUGGAUAUGCUGAGCAGAUUGUUGGGCUCGAUUUGCAGAGAUGCCAGGACUAUGACCAGACCUGUGAGGAAUGUGUGUUGGCCCGCGAUCCAUACUGCGCUUGGAAUCACAGUCAUUGCAUUCCUGUAAACCAAUAUAAUUCUCUUCAAAAUCUGGAAGACGGCAACACCAGUGUGUGUUCUGAACAGCCUAAAGCUGAAAAAUUGAUAUCAAAACAGUUUUCUGAGAUACCUCCAAACACCUACACCGUCUCUCUGUCUUCCCCCUACUACCUGUCCUGCCCAAAGAAAUCCCACCAUGCCAAGUACGCCUGGGAACACGACAACAAAGGGAGGCUGGAGUGCCAGUGGACCGAGUCGGAUUGUCUGCACCUGAUAAAAGCCAUGACUGAAGAAGACUAUGGCACUUACAGGUGCAUCUCGGAAGAGCGGGGUCAUAGAGGCACAAUCAUAGAGUACAACCUCUUAGCUAAACCUCAUGGUAUGGUACUGCCCAAGAGAACAGAUGCUAUUUGGGUAGUGGUUGUGGCAGUGACCUUGGGCUUAUUCCUUGCUGUUGCAUUUGCAGUUGGCUUCAAAGGUGGACAGUACCAUAAAAUUUCAAAACAUAAUAGAAGCCUCAAACAAUAGUUCUGUAGCUAGUUCGGAAUGCUGUAGUUCUGGAGCUGAAGUAUGAGUUGCCUUCAUUCACCUCUUACAUUAGGCAUGCUGAAAAAUAGAAUGAAGCAAGUGUCAUGCUCCCCAGGCGCCUGCCCAGCAGGGGUCACUGUAGAGUCUGUCAAUUUUACCUCCUCAACCCGCGGGAGUGUCUGGGAGUAUUCUCCCUGUGGGAUCCCAAACCAAGAUCAGCAACUUCACUAGCCAGACUGCAUGAAACCCUGGAUACAAGUUUAGGCUUUACCAGAUGAACCACUCCAGAAUCUGGUACUGCAUUUUAAACACAAGACGUUUGGAUACCAGUUCUCAAACUUUAUUUUGCAGUUAAGAGUAUUUAGGCUUUACAACAGGCAGAGAGAGAAAGCAAGAAAGAUGGUUUGUGCAUGUGUGUUAGGGUGACCGCCUGGGGUCAGGAAGGAAGUCUAGUACAUAAUACUGUGUUAAAAUGGAAUUAUUAUUAUUUGUGAUUUAAUAUAUGUAUUAUGAGGAGUUUUUAUUCAGAUUUGAUACGAUUAUAUUGUAUCACUGCCAUCGAUGUAAAGCACCAUACUCGCAAAGCUUUCACUAUAACUAUAUUGGCAUGAUAAUUUACACAUCAGAUCAAGUUAACUCAUUCCUGGAUGGUUGUUUCCUCAAUUUGUGGUUAAUGAGAUGUAAAUGGCGUGAUGGAGAAAAGGGUUCUGGGAUAGGUGUCAUGUGAGCUGGAACAUUGUCAUUGAAAAAGUGAUGCUGUAGUGUAAACCAACAAAUUCACUUUUAUUAUUUAUAUCAUUUUACGUAAACCAAUAUGACAAAGACUAGUAUAUGUAUGUAUGUAUUUAUUUAUUUAUUUGAAAAAUACUGAAGGAUUUACAAAGCAAAAUGUUUAACGCGGCUACAGCUGACAAAAUAGUUCCAUAAACCUUACCUGUGGCGCUACAGGGGUCUCUCAGUGUGCAGUUCUGCAAGAAGCACACAUUGCAGCAAACGUGUUGUCCUUACUCUCCGGAAAUCAGUUACUUUUUCACAUCUUGGGUCAGUUUACCUCAACAAUGUCACUGGGGUGAACGCAGGCUCUGCAAAGCAUGUCAUUCAUUCUGGGAAGUGGCAGGUUGGAUAAUAACAGGAAAGAAGGCGUUGAAGGGGCGGUGCGUGAUCUGCUUUGGAGGUGAAAUGGCCAAAGCAAGAACAACAUCAUUAGACAUUAGUUCUAUACCAGUAAUGCACUUUAUUUAUACGGCUUUGUUAACAUUUGUUGCACUUGCACUAUUGUUAUAGUAUACAUUGAGAAAAUUAUUUUAAAUAUCAGUAUUAUAUAUUCUUGUAGUGUUUUUUAGGGCAUAUGUGAAGGAACUACUGAGGUAUGCAAAUGUUAAACGUGACCCAAUAUAAUAAACAUUUAAAAAUAA